UAUCCAUCUGCCUCUCUCUCUGCAUGUCUCUGCCAGUCUCUCUGUCUAUCAUAUCACUCUGACUCUCUCUAUGAAAAAGAGUGAGACAGUAACAGAUGAUAAGAGAAAGAAAAAAAGAGUAACAGUGACAGAGAGAUGGAGAGGCAAAAGAGUGAUUCAAAUCGAGAAAGAACGAGAGUCUUCGGAGAGUGUGAAAGAGAAAAAGGAGCAAAAUAGAUAAAGAUGAAUAAACAGCAGAACUGAGACUAAGACUAAAUGAUUGACAUGAAAACAUGAAAAGAAAGGAUGAAAAGUGAUAGAGUAAACAAUGAGAUAGAAAAGUAAAAACAAGACACAAAGAAUAAAAAGAAAGGGAGAGAUUUUGGGGGGGGGGCAGAGGCAGAAAAAGAGAGAAAAUAGUGAGAACAUUUGGGAUUAAGGAAGAAAACAGGAUAUAAAUACAGAGAAAGUGUACAGAAAGAAAGACAGGCAGAGAAAUGGAGAUAGAUAGACGUCAAGGGGACGGAGAGCGAGACCGAGGAAGAGCGAGACUGAGAAAGGAAGAGAGAGGAAGAGAGAGAUGAGAACGAGCGCUCACUCUUGUGCCACUCUCAGUGAGCGCUCACACAGGCGUAAGACGUGUCAGCCUUCUCUCCUCCUUCCUUUCGUUCUCUCAUCCUGCAUCCAAUCCCUCUAUCUUCUCACUUACUCUGCCUUAGCCUCCAUCCCUCGUUCCAUCCUUCUCUCUUUUUGGAUCUAAGAUACAUUUUUUUAAUAGAAAAUGCAUUUUAAAGUUGCUUGAUGCAUGCAUGGAAACACACACACACACACACACACACACACACACACACACACACACACACACACACACAGGCAUUGACUCUUGCACUCUGAAAGGCAGAAUGAAGUAAAGAGGCUCAUUAUGGGCAACUGUGUGAAAUCGCCGCUCAACCGCCUCAACAAAAAGGACCGGAGGCGGAGCUACAAAGCUGUGGCACGUGAUGAAAGCGGAGCCUCAAGCCACACCCUGGCAUCUCAAAACUCCACUUAUGUACACAGUGUGCUUGGUCCUGCGUGCAUCUUUCUACGCAAGGGAUUCGCUGAGAGCCGGCAGGCUAACAGAGAGCUGAGACCUGAAGAACUAGAGGAGCUCAAGGACGCGUUUACAGAGUUUGAUAAGGACAGAGACGGACUUCUUAACUGUAAGGAACUGGGGGUCUGCAUGAGGACGAUGGGUUACAUGCCUACAGAGAUGGAGCUGAUUGAAUUGAGUCAGCAGGUCAACAUGAACAUGGGAGGUCACGUGGACUUUGAGGACUUUGUGGAGUUGAUGGGACCAAAACUUUUAGCAGAAACAGCCGAUAUGAUCGGAAUGAAGGAGCUCAGAGACGCUUUUAAGGAGUUUGACUCUAAUGGAGAUGGUAAAAUCAGCUCAUCCGAACUCAGAGAAGCCAUGAAGAAACUGCUGGGACAACAGAUUAAACGUAAAGAGCUGGAGGACAUCGUGAAGGACAUUGAUCUUAACGGUGAUGGACACGUGGACUUUGAAGAGUUUGUGCGAAUGAUGUCACGCUGACACGGAGGACCGACAGAUCAGAGCUGAAAGACACAAUGGAGGUAGAAAUGCGCUAGAGAGGUGAUUAGAAGUGACAUUUGGAAUACAACCUCUGACCUCCGACCCUUCGAUGAAGCACGAGAGCCCUUGACGUCUCCUCUUCGAAGGACUACAGGCUGAUUAAACGAUGCUGCAAGAAAACAUUUUCUAUCCAGCUUUAAUUAACAGAAGCACAUCUUCCUAAAGAUAAUCAACAUAUCGCUGCAAUACUGUGAUUUAAACGUUUUACACCAGGUUUGUCUGAGCAGGACACACCUUGUGGAUUGGAUAUGCAAUAUUACUUCUUUCUUUCUUUCUUUCUUUCUUUCUGUGUUUAUGUGGACUUUUUUUUUACUGCUGUAUGAGAGUAAGUGUAUGGAGCCCAUCUUACAUGCGACAGAGGAAACCUGUGUCAUUUUAGCAUCAGUAAAUGUAGCUUUUUAUAUAGGAUGAUCGUGACGAGCAGGGCAGCACAAAUAACGUGCACUAAGCUUGAAAUUAUGUUUUGAAUCUACUUUUGUCACUAGUGGUUUCUGGAUCUACUUUCUGUCACUGAUGGCUUGUUUCACAAACACACAACACAUCCGAUCUCCACCAGUAUACCCUAAUUGUAGAAACUGUGAAUACUGUAUACAUAGACAAGUUAACCAUGACACACAAAAAUUAGUUUGAAGCUAAAAGCACAACAUGGGGAAAUACUGGGUAUAGAAAUCUAUAAGAACCUCAGAUACAGGUAAUAUAAUUCUAUACAUUUCAAUUACAAGACACAUUCGCAAAACGUUCAAUCAAUACGCUUGCUUACGUUGUUAGGUCUUAUCAACUGUUUGUAUGGGUGUCUUUCUAGACAUGGUACUGGGUAUCUUACUUGUAUCAUUCAUGAAACAUAUCUGAGUGUUUACUAUUAAAACAAUAUUCUACAUACAAUGUAUUUAUCCAUAGAGCAUACAUUUACCUCACACUUCAUUAUGAAUGCAUGUAUACCUGAUUAUUCGUGUAAUUAUCCAUUCGGCCAAUCAUGUAGCAGCAGCACAAUGCAUAAAAUCACAGAUACAAAAACUGUUGAGUUUUAGUGAGGCUGUAGCCUCUUGUUAUCGGAGCAGAACCUGACAUGUUCCCAUCUGCCUCAGGUUUUAGCACUGCAUUUUAAGAUCUUUUCUGCUUGUCGUAAAGAGUGAUUGUCAUCACGUCCAUGUAAGCUCAAAUCAUUCUGGUUAUUCUACCUUUCUUCUCUUUCUUAUUGUCUAUCGUAACUGAUGCUCACUGGAUAUUUUUGGAUACAUCACAGUUUUACUUCAUAAUGUUUUAUUAUAUGAAAACAAACCUGAUAUUUACUCAAUGCGCUUCUGCCAAAUUGUGCUGCUGGACAACUGCAUGAAGGUGUACGCAUAUAUGUUUUUAUGAUUGCAUGUAAAAUUUAUGUAAAGACUGGUAACUAUAAUCCUAUUUAUGUAUAUCAGCAAUAAAUAGUCAACUUAAAUAUAUAAUUGUAAAAUAUAUACUGUACCGAUCAGCCAUAACAUUAAAACCACUGAGGAAGUGAAUAGCAUCAUGCAACUAUCUUGUUACAGCGGUACCUGUCAAAGGGUGGGAUAUAAAUAUAUAUAGUAGGCAGCAAAUAAACAUUCAGUGUGUUAUGAGCAGGAAAUAAUGGGCAAGAUCUGAUUGUUGUUGACGAGGGCCAAAUUGUGAUGGUCAUGGAUGCUUAAGGUGUGUAGUGAAGGCUAAUCCGUCUGGUCUGAUCCCACAGACGAGAUUCUGUAGCACAAAUUGCUGAAAAAGUUCAUGAUGGCUGUGAUAGAAAGGUGUCAGAACACACAGUGCGUCACAGCUUGCUGUGUAAAGGGCUGCAUAACUACAGAACAGUCAAAGUACCCAUGCUUGGUGGUCUGAAUAAUCACUUAGCUGCUUCACUUAACUGGGGAAGAAAUGGCUCCAGGAGGCAUCAUGGAAUGAAGGCAGUGUGGUGGUCUUGGCAAUGUUAUGCUGGGAAAUUUUGGGUUCUGGCCUUCAUGCGAAGGAACUUGAACAAACAAAUGUGAUCCAUGGAGGAACAACUAACAGCACUUCACUAUCUGCUGUUAACUUGUCAUGUGGAGUCUAGAGCUGUUUUGGUGAGACAUGGCAGAUCUACACAAGAGCUGGCAGGUGGCUUUAAUGUUAUGGCUGAAUGUUAUAGAGGUAUUAUACAAUACAUUUUAAUACAGCUGUAAAAUGGGCUGCACUGUGUCUGUGUCUGUGAUGCAAGCAGUUUUUUUUUGUUUUGUUUCCGAAGUUAUUAGACUCUUACCAUCAAAAACCCAUAUAACUUAAUAACUAUUACAUAAUACAUAUUUAUAUUAUGAACACAAUAUCAGGCUCAUUAUUUACAGUAAUACACAGCUAUUUAUUGAAGUCAUAAAGCUAUAUUUAACUUUCAUUUACAAAUAUAUUAGACAACAAGUCAAAUCAGCAAUAGCCCUAUAACAUGGUAAUAAAUAUAACUAAUAAUACUUAAUGAUUACUAAAUGAUAAUAAGCAUGUGCUUUGAUUUGCAUCACUGUACUAAAAAUAAAAGGAUCACAGCUAUGCAUCCUGAACCUAUGCUGAAAACUAUAUAUUUAUUUUUCAUUUAAAGCUGCUAUAAAUAUCGUCAUUACCAAUCCCACACUCUUUACUGGUACUGUUUCUGUACAUUGAUCCAUUUGUAUUGAUCCAUUUGUAUAUCACAUUCUGUUUGUAGCGUCAUCAUGUCAAAGGUUUGGGAUGGAAGUUAGUAGAAUAGAGGGCCUAGACCCUAUGUAGUGCAUUAGAUCAAUAUGCAUCCAUUAUCUUUAUAUACUUUAUAAUUACUAGGUUACUAGUGUAUAAAAUAAUGGCACUAUUAAUGCAACAGGGAGCCCUAAAGCCCUAUGGGAUGUUUGUAGGAUGUAAUGUGUCAGUCAGUCAGCAGGUAUUUGGGAUACAGCUCCCUACAAAAUGCAGCACACAGAUUAUGAACUUAACAUAUGAUGUAAAUAAAUGUAUUACAUAUCUAAGGCACUACAUAGAGAAUAAUAAUAGCAUGCAAACUCUAUUUUAAGCUCUAUGAAGUGCACUACACCCAACAGGGAGCCAUUUGCUUAUGAUUAUGAACAGCAGCUCUGUAAUAAAUAUACAAUUACACUGAAUUUAGGAUAGAAAUAAUAACACACACUGAGAAAAUGUGAUGCAAAUGUCAUAAUAGGAAGAUCAAACCUACAUUUAUUUUUAUGUUGUAAGCACAAGGCUUCGUCUGGGUUUCAUCUCCUGCAUGAAUCCUGUGUGCGUUCUGAUCUCUAUUGUGAGUGUCGACAAUCAGUGUGUGAGAAAGAAGUUGCAGAGAGUCUUCAUUUUGUUAAAGUAGGUUUUGAGUGUUUGAUUCUAUGCCUGCAGAGUGGCAGAAAGUAAAUUCUAUUUAUGGCUUGUGUUAUAAAAUUUUUCCUUUAAUCUUAAGAUUUUGCAUGAAUAAGAUUGUACUGAGAUGUA